UUCUGUACUCUCUAAUUUGUUCUCUUCUCAAUCUUCAUCGGCUAACCUUAUCCGAUCUCUGCUUUCCGGGUCGUUAAAAAGAGAUAGCUAUCAAGCAUAUCAGAGGAGAGAGUAGUUAAAGUCGUUCGUUGCCAGCUGACAGAGAGGAAAACCUAGCAGAAGAAGCAGUAACGACCUAAGUAGCAAGUUAUGGAUCAGAACAAGAAGCAAGUCGGUGUGACAAGCCAUGGUCAUGGCUCUUCUAGUUCUUCUCCUCCGACGACCACGAACCUUGAUCAUCUCUUUGGUCCUAAGGACUCGCCUUCUUCAACUUCUUCAUCUCUGUUCGGCUCUAUUUUCCCACCGCCACCAUCCAUGGGACCGGGGAGAGAAAGAUAUUCCGGUAAUAGUACUCGAGGCAGCAGCAAGAGUUCUGUGUAUCAGAAUAAUGAAGGUGCGGAUCCGCCUUGCAACUUUAACUCGUCAAUCCACUACGGCGGCCAAGAAAACUAUAAUGUACCGAAAAGUGGGAGUACAUAUGAUUCCCAGCACAACCAGCAUAAAUUUAAGAAAGAUGGAGGUGAUGAUGAUGAUUCGAGUGGAAACAAUUCACACGGCACUUCAAGAGGAAACUGGUGGAAGGGGUCACUUUAUUACUAAAUUAUACUGCACGUUCUAUGUAAAUUUACCACCCUUAAGAAGAGGUGUGUGUCACUCUAUGAGACAAUGCAAUCUACCUUAAUUAAAACGGUGGAAAUAAGAUGAUGUGUUAUAGGAUGUACAUCGUAGCAAGAGCGAUCUUUAUAUCUACCUAGCAGUAAAUCCUCGAUUAACUUCCCUAACUAACUUGCUGGAAUAACCAUUCCCAGCUAGUGAUUAAGUUUGGGCAAGUUAUGUUGGAUCGUAUAAUUAGUACUGUAUUAUGUGUAAUUAACCUGUUUGGCUCCAAAUCUACAUUUGGGCUCAAAUGAUUCUAUGUAACAUACUUUUCGUCGAGUAUAUGUUGUUUGGAUCCUCUACGUAAAAGCUUGGCACCGUAUAAUAUACCAAAGUACGUGUUAUGAA